UACAGCUAUUUGACUGGAAAGGCGAGGCGCAUAAUCUGACAUGAAUCAUGAUGCAACACCCUUUGUAAACGUUAGACCGGUAGUUCCUGAUCUUAAAAACAGGAGGUAUUCCACAAUAGGCGGAUAUACUGACCUAUAAUUUCACAUCUUUGUGGGGAGACUUUAUAUAAAAAAGGAACUGUUUCGAACAAUAACACCACAAACAUGACUUCGGAUCUGCCAGUUCUCCUCGCAGCAGUGUCAAUACUGUCUGCUCUCCACAUGGCAUUUCAGGCAAGACGUGUGGGGUGGUCGAGGAUGAAGCAUAAAAUUAUGCCACCCACUGUUACUGGACCACCUGAGUUUGAAAGGACAUUUCGUGCACACCAGAAUAGUGUAGAGUUUUAUUCCGUUUUCUUGGUGGUAUUGUGGAUCUCUGGCAUCUUUUGCAAUGAAGUGCUUGCUGCUCUUGGAGGAAUUCUGUAUAUUGUGGGCAGAGAGAUGUACUUUACUGGCUAUAUCAGUGAAUCCAAGAAAAGGUUGCCAGGGUUUUACAUGGUGUUGUGUGUCCUGUUAUUCCUAUCUGUGACGGCUACCUUUGGAAUCAUUCAAUCAUUUUUGGACAAAUAUCUCAACAUCAGACUUCUCUAAAGAAUUGAAUUCUGGAGUUUAGAAGUUUGUAAACAGAAAACAGUUUUCAUCAAUUUAUCAAACAAAAUGCAUGUAAAAUGUAUGUUAUGUUUCAGGUAUACUUGAUUUUUUGUGUCAGUUGUCCUUCUAAGAUUUACAUUACAGUAUUAAUUUAGAGGAUCUAAUUAUACACUCACCACUAAAUUCUUACUAUUCACUUGUUGGAAAAUGUGAUCUUUGGUGGACAUCAUGCGGACUGAAUUGUAAUGCUGGAAUGAAGUGAAUUUCAUCAGGGAGAGUUAAAAGACCUGGACAUACUUCACUGGAAGAUAAAUAGUAAAUGCAGUUCUCAAACACUGUAACAGUAUUUCCACUCCAGCAAGUCAAGGUUAAUAAACCCAAGUGCAGUUUAUUGUAAAGUGAUAAGACACAGAAUCAAAAAGAUUCAUAAGUCUAAGCUUAAACAAGAACCAAAGCAAGACACUCACCAAAAGAUGCAUUAGCAAAAGUUAGACAAAAUCAGGGUUAUAUACACAAGAAAUAUAAAGCUAAAAUUAAACGAGCGACGCAAGACUAUAAUCAGAACAAUAAUCCAAUGACAAGACAAGAAACACUAGGAAGGGAAAACAGAAAGUUAGACAAGAUUAGAAAUCUAGGAAAACAAUAAACUUCAUUGAUUUGAUUGAAAUGAAUGUUGCUGCUUGUACAAUUUACUUAAUUAAAAUGAGUUGAAAACAA